CCUCUACUGUUAUACACCCGUAUGUGUCGUGUUAUCUUGGCCAUUACAGCCAUGCUUGCAAGUUGAAGCACCAACCCUGAACUCCUUACCGAGUUCAGCAUUGCUGUGCCAGGAUCACUGCUAUGACUGCCAUACACGAUCAAUACCUAUAAACCAAAACAUAGCACAAGUUAGCCAUUGUCCGGUUGCUAAGCAUGGAGUAUGCCAAGGGAUUGCUCAGCCGUGCCAAGGAGCUCGCCGUCCAGACUGCGCAGGAACUUCAACAGCGAGCUGCAGUACUGGAAGAGCGUGAAAUUCCAGCCGCAGCACUGUCACCUGCCGCGUCGCUUUCAUCGUCGGUCCAAAGCAUUGAGGCUCGCGUCGCUCGCUUCCAGGCGGAACUUAGAGGCUCCCACAUCAACUUAGACAACCUAAAGCGGCUGGCGUUCCAUGGCAUUCCGGAUCAGGGGAACCUGCGUGCAACAGUCUGGAAGCUGCUACUGGGUUACCUGCCGCUUAAUCCGGAGGAGUGGGGUGCGGAGCUGGCUCGCAAGCGGACGCAGUACCACAUCUUCUGCCAGGAGCUUAUAGUGGAUCCAAAGAGGGCGGCGGAGGAGGAGCCGCAAGGAGCGGGCUGCUCAGGGGCG